UUAGUAAACAAAACAUUCCCCGGAUAAGGUAGUGUUAAGUAAUUAAAUUAAAGUAAUGAUAUUUUAACAAUAGUUUAAGACUUUAUAAGCGAAAGGAACCGACAUGGCAACGGCAUGCAUUCACAUGCUACCCACACCAGGGGCCAAAUGCGCUGCAAAAGAAAUUAAAAACCAGCACGAGGACAGUUGGGAGAUUUUUCCCGAAGACAAGGCAGCCGGCGUUGACCGCUACGGGAGUUUGUACGCCCAAGACUACAGCUUGGAAUCUAUCAAGCCCAAGAACGGGAAAUCGGCCAAUGUCCCAGCGACGAUAUGGAGGGUGUGGCAGGGUUACCAUGGUCACAUCUCUCCUCCUAGAAACAACCCACAUCCGUCCGUGAUGUUCAUGAACUGGAAGGUUCCUUCUCGCCUCUACAACCAAGAUCCAACUACUACUGCAUUGGCUGGUACACCUCCAGACAAGACAGGCUAUAGUAAAUUCACAGACCACAGAAAAGUGUCCAAGCUUGCCGGUCAGAUCCCGCCGUCGUACCUGACGCGGAAGACCCAUGCCCCCACCACGACGACCCACUUUCCCCCGAAACAAGGGGUGCUUCGUCAGAUGAGAGAGAAGGAGAUGGAAGAACAGAUCAUGAGGGAGAAAUACGCAAUGGAGAAACAGAAACCAAAGGAACCCUCAUCUGGAAUCACGCGGUUCCCUGCCAUGCCGAUGCUAUCGGCAAAGCUCAACGUGAAACAAACAAGUGAUCCACGCGAUGCUGGGGUGAUGCCCGUCCCUAACAACGCUGUGACCAUGUCUGGGAGGAUUAGGAGUGAUAUUACCCAGGAGGAUAAGAAUUAUAUCACCAAGGCUAACAAAGCACCAAGUCAAAACGAAACAGCCAAGGUGGUCAACAAGUGGCUUGAAUCCGCAAGUGACAAAGAGCGUGAUUUGGCAUUCCAAUUUUUUGGCUCUCUUGCUGGCAAGAAGCUCAUGGGCGGUGACCAGGCAUCACCAGAGGGAAGAUCUAAGAAGAGCGCCCCCUGCAACGUUUGUGAUGCAACGAGGCUCAAGGAUGUUCUGGGUGUCCUGAAAACGACUGGAGGGCCUAUCUCCAGCAGUGAUAAAGACCUCCGGCCUGGUGAAUCCAACAGGCGCCGCCUUCGUCUCCUGUCCCCGUUCACACGGCGGCACAAGGAUGAAAUGCAGUCGUGGCACCAUCUACCAACAUUCCGUCACCGCGGCCCUGUAUCCAAUACCAUUGGACUAUUCACACAGCCGCAUAAACCCGUGCAACGCCACUUCACCAUACACCCUGAAUGGGAUUAGACCAUCUCUCAUUUCAAAAUCUUUGUUAAUCUGUGUCUAGCGUAAACAUCUCAAUCUUUUAGCAAGCCUUUAAAGAGAAAUAAGUUUACAACUUUUGAAAGCUAUUUUUUGUUUAUGCAAUGAGGAAAAAUGAUUACUGUGUGAUAAUGCAUAUCUACUAUCGAGAUAAUUUUAUGUAUGACCAACAUAAAUUUUGUACAUAUUUUGAAAGCAAGCAUUAGACUAAAAUAUAGCAUAAAUAACUUUUUAUAUUUUCUACUUUCACUUAAAAUAAAUGUUUCCAAGAUAUCUAAAGAUAACUAUGUAACGUUUUAUGUGAUUUUAAAAUGAGUCAUUUCUUUAAGACGAAUUCCAUCCGAUCACACGUUGGUUUUGUGAUAAAGCAGAAAUAUGAGAGAGAUAUAUUGAUGAACAAGAAAGCAAAAGGUGUAAUGAAAUCAAUCAAAAGUUUGCAAGGUCAUGUUAAAGUUGCAUAUUUGGGGCAGUCUGUUACUCUUGAUGUUGUGAACUCCAAAAAACAGCAAUUUAUGCAAAUUAAUGAUGCAUAUCAAAUCAACGCGCAGCUCAUGAGUCGCAUUACAAAAUGACAACUUUAAAAAUCCACAACUUUCUUUUGAUAUCAUUCUCUCGUUUCUUCUAUAUUAUUACAAAGCAGCUUGGCAGGUGGACUUCUUUAAAUGAUGGUUUUUAAUUCUACAACUGCUAUUUGUUUGAUAAUAUAAGAGGUCACUGGCAUUGCCAGAACUUAUUUUGAAUAUAUUCCGUCCAUUGGGAAAUUGCAGUUGGUAACAUAUAUAUAUGAUUGCUGACGUGUGACUUACAUACUAUAUGUGGGUAUAAUGUGACUAAAUUUUAGUACUUAACUUAUCAUUGGUGGGGGAAACUAAUACUGUAAAGUAAUAAUAAACGUGUUGACAUCAUAGAGUAUAUAAAACAGAAUAAAUUAUACAUGUAUACUUAUGAUCUCGAUUUCAAUGAUCUUUUUCAUUUUUGGUUGAUCCAAAGAUUCUUCUCUUGGAGCGUGUCUCAUUUUUUCUUUCUGAAAUAUUUUAAUCUUCCGCAUACAUGCAAUUUAAUUAUAAUCUUCUUUUUAAACAUCCAGUCAAACAUGAUAUAGCAAGCCACUGGGAAGUUCAAAAUCGACAAAUAUUUUCCGUGAAUGACAGAUCAAUAUUACAUUGCACCUCAUUUAAUUCAACUUUAAAGUUAAAAUGAACACAUUUGGGGUUAAAAUAUAAAUCUUCAUGCAUUUCAUGUGUAACAAACCCCUAUUGAAAAUUCCAGGUCAGUAGACACUGCAAGUUGGUAAAGAUAAGAUGUACAUAAAUCAAAAAUAAAAACAAUACAGGCACUGGAAAAAAAAACUUUUUAAAAUUUUAAUGACGCGAAUGCAUUAUUGGCUUAUUUCAGUGUGCAGAGCAUAUUCACUUGACUUUCGCUAUGUAUUUUUCUGCCAGUUUGAUAUACCAUGUUUGAAUGGAGAAUAAUAUAUGGAUGUCUUGAUACUUCUCCGGCCGAUAUUGAUUAGAUGAUCUUUCAUGACAUGGAAAUUCUUAUUGGACAGUCAUCCCAAAAAGGGUAGUGACAUUUUUCUUUCUUUUGGUUUGUCACUGAAUUUGGAAAGAAAUAGGUCCCCUAUUCAAGUUAAUUCUGGAUCUACCACUGAUCGCUAGUUCCAUACAACCAUCAAAGGGUUAACAUGAAACACCAGAUUUGAAGAGUAAUUCCAUGGUAAAGAAUUUUGAUGAAUAACAUUUUUUAAUGUUCUAGGACCAUCUAAGGCAAACAGGCUGAGGCAACUAGCAAGUGUCUUAAUACUUAAAUGUGUGUGUUAUAAAGCAUAUCAAAUGAUGUUUGAUUUUUUUUUAUAUGUAUUAUUGUAUUUUUAAUAUGUUAUAUUUUGUUUAUAAUAUCUAAAAUGCUGCAUAAUCUGUAGCAUAUGUCAUCACUAACUACAUCACCUUGAAAUCACUAUUAACAUGGCUGAUAUCUAACUCCAAGCUACUAGAGGGUAUUGGUCUUUGAAUCUCAUCACAGAAUUACAUUUACUGAAGUGUUUUCAGUGAUUUGUGAUUGGAACAAAUGGAUCUUUAACUCCUCUUCGCACUUGGAAAUGGGUAACUAAUGGCUGAAUAUGUUAUGUGAACAUUUGUAGUUUAUUCUUAUGUUAACCUAUUUUUAAUUUUGUAAAUAUAUUAUUUUUUCCGGCUCAGAGCACUGGGUGCUUGCUACUUGUAUGUUUGCACAAAUAUAUAACU